CGUUGAUCGUUUAGAGUCUAGUACAGCAUGGAGAAAACGGCGAAAAUAUCACAAUUAAAGUUUUGGAAUAAACAGAACAACAGCACAAGCAAGGACAAAGACAAGGAUGCUGAUGCAGUAACGGAAACUAAGAACGGUGCUAACAAAGAUGAUUCGAAGGCAGGAAAGCGCAACUGGUUGCAUACACCCGAAGCCCUUAUCAAUGGUCAUGUAGUCUAUCUAGUCAAAUUCUUUGGCAAUGUCCCCGUGGACCAACCCAAGGGUAUUGAAGUCGUCAAGGAUACCAUACGUAAACUGCAAUUUGCCCAACAGAUGAAGAAGGCAGAAACGGGUACACAGGAGAAAUUCAAAAAAGUCGAAAUCACCAUUAGUGUCGAUGGUGUAGCCGUGCAGGAGCCACGCACCCAAAAGAUUCUCCAUCAAUUUCCGCUGCACAAUAUCUCGUAUUGUGCCGACGAGAAAGGUGUCAAGAAAUUCUUUAGUUUUAUUGCGAAAACUGUAAAGCCCGCAACGGGAGAUACGAGCAGCUCCAAUGGUCGCGGCAGUAGUCCCGACGGUUCGACCCAGUCGUCAUCAACCACCGAAGAUACACAUGAAUGUUUUGUGUUCAUUUCGAAUAAGUUGGCAUCGGAUAUAACAUUGACCAUCGGUCAGGCAUUUGAAUUGGCAUUUAG